UUUGUUUUGUUUUUUUGAGCCUGUGAAUCUGAAAGCAAGACUGCGCAGUUCUGGAGAAACGAAACUUGGGCUUCCGCUGCCAAGGAAAUCCAAGCAAGCGAAGGCAAGUCCUGACAGUGUCGUUGGAUCGUCACACCCGAACGCAGCUCAGAACUUUGUUUGUUUUUUGAAUUCCUGCAAUGGACCGCGAGACUUUGAGCACCAGAAAGGAAUCUUACGGGGGCAGCUUGCCUCCGUUUGACGACCGCGUGGAGGUGGGUUCUUUUUCCCUGGACACCGAGCGGCGGUUCCACCACGACGACAGUCGCAUGAGGUACUACGCGGAACCCGCCGCGGCUCCCAACUUCGACCUGAGGGACGGCUACGGCGACCGCUACAUUAGGAGAGACGAGAAUUUGAGGAAAAAUCUGGAGCACAUCCUGCACUGGAUCUUGGCCAACAAAUCUACUCUCAUGAAGGAUGCGGCGGGCGCAUCACCUUUGGAUAACUUUGACUUUGUGACAUCACGAGGCCGCUUGACCAAAGUUUUAUGCACGCCCUACGAGGCCCUGACCGAGUGGGCGCUGGCCGUCACCAAGUUCAAGGGGGUGCUUUACAUCAAUGAAGUGGAGACGGACGUCGCUCGCCAGGACCGAGAGGACCGCACGGAGAGUCACACGGAAAACAUAUACUGGGGGUACAAGUUUGAGCAGUACGUAUGCGCAGACGCGAUCGGCGCCUUACCCGAUCCGAGCGGCGUGGUCAACUCCAACGAGGCCUUCUACAGCGUGGUCCGAACCCGUCUGGCCAACCACCGGCUGCUGUUCUCCGGCGAAGUGGACUGCCGGCUCAAAGACCGAGACGCUCCGCCCGCCCCCGCCUGCUACUUGGAGCUCAAGACGUCAGCAGUGAGCCGCACGGACAAACAGCGCAGCAAGUUCAACAGGUUCAAGCUGCUCAAGUGGUGGGCGCAGUCCUUCCUCCUGGGGGUCCCUCGCGUGGUGGCGGGCUUCAGGAACGACGACGGGGUCGUCGUGUCCGUGCGCACUUAUCGCACGGCGGAAAUUCCGAGGCUGGUCCGGGACGAGCCCCUGCCGUGGACGCCCGCCGUCUGCGUGAACUUCUGCAACGAAUUCCUCUCUUAUGUCAAGCGUGUGGUGACCGAGGACAACCCUCACGUGGUGUAUCUGUUCUCCCGGAAGUCUCGCAGCGACCUGACCUACAGCGUCCACCGGGACUCCCCUUAUUCCUUCCUGCCGGACUGGUACGUCAGGGAAAUGGAAUAGAAAGCGUCACGCCGCCAUCUCGCGGGACGCCGGCGGGAGCUCCGCCGAGUCUGCGACGCCGUGGGACUGGCGAGUUAUUCUGAUUUCACGAUUUGAAAUCAUUUUAGAUUAGGGAUCAUCCAAACCUUUUAAGCAACAUUUUUAACUGUCGCGUAUUAGAAAAGCGUUAACGGUGUACAACGGGAUUGUUUUUAUUGAUCGUACCGUCACCCGAUGACGGACGACGGGAUUCGUGCAUUUGUCGGCGGCUCGCUCGUAUGUUAUGGAUGCAUUGAUGGUAGUUUGGGGGGGGGCUGUUCGUAGUUACUUUUGACUACGUUUUCUGAUUGUGUGUUAUCAGUACGUGCACUAAAAACAACUCCGAAGUUGAACUUGUGUAUUCUCCUGCUUCUACGAUAAGAAAAACCUGCACUCGCUGA